AUGCCACUGGCCCCCGUGGCCUCGCAAGAGGCGAGGAAGACGGUACAGAGGGCGUUUGAGGAGCUCAGGCAAACAAUCACUCCUCAGGAUUCGCGCGAUUUCGAUAAGACAACUAUUCAGGAUGUGAGGCAAGCCGCUCUGAACAUUGAGGUACAGCUUGCUUCAAGGCAGUGCUUGCGCAAUAUGCGUCGGCUGAUGCCCCUCUUCCAAGGGCUGGAGCAUUAUGAGAAGGCGAUGAGCGUUCUGUGCAACGGUACCCCUUUUCUUCCAUGGGCGUGGGCACCCAUCACAUUUAUCUUGAGAGUUGCCUGCGAACAUGUCGAGGCCUUCGAACGUAUCAUGGAAGGAUACUCGCGAAUUGCGUCGGCUUUAAAAAGGUUUGAAAUUCUCGGGGAAGCGUUCUCCCGUGAUGUUGAGUUCCAAAAAACCAUGGCCGUCUUCUAUGCCGAUAUCCUCCAAUUCCACAAACAUGCAUACAAGUUUGUGCGCCGAAACAACUGGAAGGUACUUUUUCUCACGUCCUGGGGACGGUUUCAGCGACGGUUCAACAACAUCCUCGAGGGUAUGGAGCGCCACGAGGCCCUCAUCGACCAAGAAGCCAACGCGCGGAACAUAGCAGAAGCACGCCGACUGCGUGAAGAUAUCAGACUUUGGAGAGAGGAGAGUCGCGAUAGGGUUCGCCGGCUCGACGAAGAACACGUGGCAAAACAGUACAAGGCGAUAAUGUCUUGGCUUAAAGCCAAUGAAUCGGACCAGCUCGCCAUAUUCGAGUCCCUUUCAGCCGACGGCGCCAAAUACCACGGGACCUGCGGGUGGGUGUUGAAAACGCCAAAAAUAAGUUUAUGGCUCCAAAAGAGAAGGGAGAAUGCAAUGUUGUGGUUACAAGGUGGUCCUGGGACUGGAAAAAGCGUCCUGUCCACCCAACUCAUCAACUACAUGAAGGUGGCCAAAAUGCUCGUCAUUCACCACUUCUGCACCUAUUCGUACCCGUCUUCAAUCUCGUACGAGCAAAUUCUGAGGUCAUUUCUCCUGCAGCUGGUUCGCGGAGACGACGACUUGGUUGCUCACGUCUACAACGAGUGCGUCCUCGAGAAAAAGUCCCCAACCGUCUCCACGCUGGAGCACCUCCUACAGGUUCUCCUGGGGAGUCUAUCAAGUGGACCAUGUCAGGCGGAACACAUCUGGAUUCUCCUCGAUGGCUUGGACGAGUGCGAUACCGACAAGCAAGCGAGGAUGCUGAGCCUCUUAAAUCAGGUAGUCUCGAAGUCCUCUUCGGAAUCCACCAUCUGCAAAGUCCUCGUGUCGAGUCGUCCUACGCGUAGCUUGGCAAAGCGCCUGGGCAAAAAGCAAACCCUUUCACUUAGCGACGAGAAGGUGGCGUUAUUCGAGGCCAUCAGACAGUACGCAUCACAGAGACUGCAGUCUCUACACCAUAAGUUUUCACAGCUGGACAUUGGGCCUGACGAGCUUGGGGAGAUUGAACAUGGGGUCGCCCGAAAAGCCGAUGGCAUGUUUCUAUAUGCACGGCUAGUCCUUGAUUACCUUGCCACGAACAUCUUCUUCAGCGGCGAGGAAGUUAAGACGUCCAUCGGCCAUAUGCCAGACAAACUUUCAGACUUCUACCGGAGGAUUCUCACCCAGAUACUGGCUCACCUUGACGAUCGCUCAGUUGAACGAAUAAGGUGCAUUUUUGGAUGGGUUGCCUUUUCGAAACGGCCCUUAAAGAAGCUUGAGUUUCUCUCCGCCGUCUCGUUCAGCGCCGGGGACCCCAACGUCACCCAACUCGCCCCUCAAUACAUCUUGGAUAUUUGCGAGCCACUACUGGCUAUUUGUGAAGAGGACGUCCUCCAGCAACACGCAGCAGCCACUCUUGCUUGUCUGAUCUCCGGAUUAGACGUCUUCAGAAAAGAUUACCCUGAACACCCGAAGGUCUUAAGGAUGAUAAAGGGGAUACACGGUCUGCAUGUCUACGCUACAGAGUACUGGACCGAGUACGUUCUCUCAGAAGCCAGCAGGCAUGGCGGAAUAAACUCAGCUACUUGUGUCUUUCGCCUUGCAGAUCGGUUAGCAAACAAACUCAAGAGCCGGGUUUCGUCGCAUGUACAGAUGGACGAGUCGCAGCAACGCCAUUCUGACGAACGAUUAUUGCUACUCGAGCAAAACCAAUCCCUCCAACGGUUUAUCCAACAAGGCCUCGAUUCGAAGACCACAAAACAGCUUGAGCGCGAACUUCAAAACGAACAAAGCUAUCCUCCACAACCUUCUGACAACCCUGACAGCAUCUCGGCAAUGCUAACGGCUUACCAAGAGUGCGUCAAAUCCAUACUCAAUCAGCAAGACUACCCAGGCGUCUCAGCGGAGGAGCUUCAGUUUUUUAAGAAACAAUUUCAGACUUCGGCCUUCACCUGUCGUCUCAAGUCCUGUCCACGAGCAGCCGUGGGAUUCGAUUCCGCACAGCUCCUCCGGGAUCACGAGCUUUCGCACAUUUGCAGGCUGAGAUGCCCUUUUCCGGGCUGCCAAUACCCGUUAUUCUCGUCUGCGCAGGCUCUGAGGAAUCAUGAACGAAAAGUUCACCAGCCGAAUCCGGCUCCGAGGCCCAUCCGUGGAGUCGGAACCCCUUCACAGACUGGCGAUAUACUUAACGACUUCGAUUUUGACACUUUCCUACGAGACAAUACUCCUAAUAGGGACGAGAUAUUUGGAUUCGAUUCGGGCUUUUCGAUGGAAGGGGACGCCACAAUUAGGGCAACGGAUUAG